CAGAAUGUUUUCAACAAGGUGAAUAAUCCGUCCACCGGUUGAAUCACCCGUUGUUUCUUCAACAAGGAUCACUCUUCCAAAUAUAUUUAUUCCAGGGUGCGAGUUGAGUAAUGAGUAAUGAAUGAGUCAAUGGACCGUUAGUGCCAGACAGUUUGACUCAGUCAAUUUGACGCUAUUCCGUUUCUUUUUCCCCUCGCCGUCAGGUCUGACACACGAAGGAUUUUGAAUCAGUCAUCCGACCGGUGACUAUCCCGUUGGGAUGUUGAGAUGUUGAGAAAUCCCCAGUCGUCCAACACCAACGGAUUUACGUCGGCCCACUUCUUGAUAAAACGAGCGUGAUCGAACAUGGUGGGUUUGGUGAUGGUGUUGGGCCUGUUGGGAGUGUUUCAAUCUACUCAGGCGAACCUCGACAAAACGGCUCUUGAAUCCAACCUGCUCAGGUUGCUGGGAUUGAACCACAAGCCCAGGAUCAACAGAGACAAACCUCCGGUCAUACCAGAAGCCAUGCUGCAGAUGUACAGAGAGCAGACCGGACUCGACAUAGAUACAUCUAAUCUUCCUUUACCCGGCCGAAUGACCCGAUCGGCGAAUACCGUCCGUAGUUUCGUUCAUACAGGUCAAGAGACGAGUAAGAGGAACGAUAGGUUCCGUCUUCAUUUCAACGUAAGCGACGUGCCGGCAGAAGAGAGGGUGACGGCGGCCGAGCUCAAAGUCUGGGUGGACGGUUCGGCAGGGAGAGUCGCGGUCCACGACAUUAUACGACCCGGGGUGAAAGGGAAGAGCAAGCCACUUUUGAGGCUGGUUGACUCGAAGGAGGUGACCGAGGACGGAGCUGUCGUCCUGGACGUGCUUCCUGCUGCAGAGCGAUGGGCCGAAGAGACCGGUCACAAUCACGGCCUCAUCGUCCAGCUCUCUUCGCCCAAACUGGUCGCAAGGACGAAACGGUCCUUGAAAGAGCACUCCCUCCUCCUCUAUCUGGACGACGGGAAGAACAAAGUCAAAUCGCUGGAAGAGAUGCUGUCGAGGAAGAAGAGGGCCCCUCCAGGGAAGAAGCACAGGAGAAAGGACGGGAGGGACAUAUGCCGUCGGCAUUCACUUUACGUCAAUUUCAAAGACGUCGGAUGGGACGACUGGAUCGUGGCACCGCCCGGCUACGAAGCGUACUACUGCCACGGCGACUGCCCGUUCCCCCUCGCGGACCACCUCAACUCCACCAACCACGCCAUUGUACAGACUUUAGUUAAUAGUGUCAGCCCCGCAAGGGUGCCAAAAGCCUGCUGCGUUCCGACUCAGCUCUCGUCCAUUUCCAUGCUCUAUCUGGACGAAGAAAAAGUGGUACUGAAAAAUUACCAAGACAUGGCCGUCGUCGGCUGCGGGUGCAGAUGAACUCUACUCCAAAACCUUGUGAUAUUGUAAAGCUGUAUAUUUUUGUAAAUAGUGUAUAGUGUAGAUAGUUACAAUGACGUCGUGACGAACGCUUAUGGAAAUGAUAAUUCAUUCUGGGUAACGUUACCCAAACAGUCAUAGUAUUAAUCUAGUACCUAGAAUACGUUGGAGGUAAUGUUGCAAACGUGAUUUUUAGGGCAUUUGUUUUGUAUUUAUUCCAUUGUACAGUCAUCGAUUGGAAGUGAUAUAUCGUCUAGAGUCGGAUGGUGUUUUAGUUGCGCUCGAUAUUAGGAUUUUGUUCUUUUCCAUAGAACGAGUAGUAUUAAAGUCAUAGCUUUACGUAAUUAAAAGGGAAGAUCGAGUUUCAAUUAAAAUAAGCAUUAAGCAUACAAUAAUUGUAUAAUUCAAUCCAGUUGACUUUAAAUAGAUCUGUAUUCCGAUUUUGAACACAUCCUAACAUAUACAGCAUUUUCGCUUUAAAAAAAAGUUGUUAAUAUUGUGCUUGUUUUUAAAUUUUUAAACGAUCUGUUAAUUUGAAUUUAAUUGUUAGACCUUUUUACCAUAUUUAUUUUUUAACCGAAAAGUCUUGUGGAAUACGGGCUUUUCUUUAUAAUUGUUUUUCUUAGAAAUACAUAAGUAAAUGUUUUAAAAUAUCUGUUUGUCUAAUUUACCAGAGUGAUAAAAAGUGUAAAUAUGUUAAUACAAAAAUUUUGUUAAAUAUAUUUAUUAUUUAAGCAAAACGAACAUUGUUUAAACGUUGUAAAAUAUAGUAGUGUAAAGUAUGUAUAAUUUAGUCUUGAAAUGUCUUUAAGUAUCGAAAAAAACUCCAUUUUUAUUAAAAUAUAUAUAUAUUAUUUUCAAAUUAUUUAUUUGGAUAGAAACAUUUAUUGUUAUUUUACUUGCUGAUAAGAGGCUAUAUUUACCUAUGAGCUAGUAUAUUUUUAAAGAUGUUUAUGAAAACCCAAAACCGGCACAUGUUAAAAAUAAACAUUUAUAUAAUUUUA